AUGUCAGCUGCUAAAGUAUUUAUUGACCACGCUAAAGAACCAUUAUUCAGUGAGCCAUCUAUUUACAAAAGUGAUCCAGAACGUUACGAGAGAGAUUGGGUUCCAAAGAUCAAAGCUUAUAAUGAUGCUUUGAAAAGUGCCAUGCCAAAGGAAUAUCUUGCUCCUUCAACUUUAUAUCCAGAAGAUUUAGAUGCCGCUCCUUUUAAUGCUACCACUGUCCCAGAGAAAGUGUUGGAUGAGAAAUCACUACAAAUUACAAAUAUGACUGCUACCGAAUUGGCUAAAAAAAUCGCUGCUAAAGAAUUGACUGCCUCAGAAACCAUUUUGGCCUUCAUCAAAAGAGCAACAAUUGCCCAUCAAUUGACCCAUUGUGCUAUGGAAAUAUUAUUUGAAGACGGUAUCAAAAGAGCUAAGGAAUUGGAUGAAUAUCAAGAAAAAUACGGUAAAACUAUCGGUGCGUUACAUGGUGUUCCAGUUUCUUUGAAAGAACAUUAUGAUUACGCUGGCCGUGUCACUCAUGGUGGAUUUGUUGGUUGCCUUGAUAGAGUUAGUGAAAAGUUCUCUGUAACUAAUCAAAUCUUGUAUGAUCUAGGUGCUGUUUUCUACAUUAGAACUACUGAACCUCAAUGUUUGAUGCAUUUGGAUAGUAUUAAUAACAUCACUGGUCGUGGUAGAAAUGCUUACAAAACUUCACUAUCUCCAGGUGGUUCCUCUUCUGGUGAAGGUGCUUUGAUUGGUAUGAGAGGUUCUCCAUUAGGUGUUGGCUCUGAUAUUGGUGGCUCAAUCCGUUCACCAGCUGCUUUCAAUGGUAUUUGGGGUUUGAAACCAUCAACUAAAAGAUUAUCAAUGGCUCGUUGUUUUGCUCCUUUUGAAGAUACUUAUCCUGAAACUAUUGGUUGUGCUUUAGGUCCAAUGAGUAAUUCUGUUGAUGAUUUAGAAUUAUUCAUGAAGAAUUAUGUUGCUGCAGAACCAUGGAAAUAUGAUCAAGAUAGUCUUCCAAUUCCUUGGAGAGAAGUCCCAACUCCGAAACCAUCAGAUUUAACCAUUGGUAUUGUUUAUGAUGAUGGUGUUGUCAAACCUCAUCCUCCAGUUCUACGUGCCUUGAAGAAAGUUGAAGAAGAUUUGAAAGCUGCUGGUGUUAAUGUCAUCACUUGGGAUUCUCAUAAAGUUUAUGAAGCUGCUGAAGUUGCUAAUGCCGCUUACACUUGUGAUGGUAAUUAUUCUGCCUUCAAUAGAUUAUCUGCUUCUGGUGAACCUUUAGCCCCAUUAACUGAACAUUAUUUAACUUUUGGUAAAGGUGAUAAAGGUUUGAAAACCUUAGAGUUACAAUUUUACACACAUACAAGGGAAGUUCUACGUCAAGAAUACCUAGAUUUAUUUAACGAAAGAGGCGUGGAUUUUAUUAUUGCUCCAACUUACGUUGGUACUGCUCCAAAGACUUCAGAAAUUAAAUAUUGGGGUUAUACUUCAUUAUGGAACAUUUUGGAUGCUACUUGUGUUACUUUCCCAACUGGUGUCUUUGGUGAUAAAUCAAUUGAUUUGAAAGAUGAAUCAUACAAACCUCGUAAUGAGUAUGAAGCUUAUGAGUAUGGUAUCUAUGAUCCAGAAGCUUCUGAUGGUAUGCCAGUUGGUCUGACCUUGGCUGGUAGACGUUAUUGUGAGGAAGAAGCUCUCAAAGCUUCUAAGGUCAUUGCAGAUAUUUUGAAAGUUUAA